GCAGAAGAAGAAGAAGAUCCCCGGGUAAAACUACAAUCAGUCAUAACAAAGAUGGCGGAACCCGAGAAGGAGGCAUUGAAGAGAACACACGUGGAGAAAAAGUCCAAGAAAAAGCCUCCAAAGCGUUACUGGGAGGAAACAGAAGGUACAGAUCAAAAGCAUCUUGAAGAAGAACAGAGUAAAGCCGGGCAGAACCAGGAGAAUGCAGUGAAAAACAGAUCCAAGUCAAGAGGAAAGAGAAGGCCAUUAAAAAGGAAGAAUGGUGUACAGUUCAUAUCAGGGAAAAAGGACCCUUUCCCUGGUGAGGCCCCAGUACCACAGGAACAACUGCGGAAGUUCCAGAGAGGAGAGAAAUAUCAUGUGCCUGAAGGGAGCAAGCGGAGGCUGAAGGAGACCAUCGUGUGGUCAGAAACGGUGUCUGAACUCGCUCAGAAACAAGCUGCAAGAUACGAACUCUUACUCCCAGAGGAUGCUGGCUUCCUGGAAGGAGAUGAGGAUGAAGACACAUGUACGAUCUCUCAAGAGGACAUCGCAGAUGCUGUUGACAUCACAUCUGGAUCAAAGUACUUCAACCUGCAUCUCUCUCAGUUUGGACCGUACAGACUCGAUUAUAGCAGAACUGGACGGCACCUGCUGUUGGGUGGAAAGAGAGGUCAUGUGGCCUGCAUCGAGUGGCAGUCUAAAAGCCUCAUGUGUGAGAUGAGCGUCAUGGAAACAGUGAACGACAUCAAGUGGCUCCACACAGAGGCGAUGUUCGCUGUGGCACAGAAGAAGUGGCUGCACAUCUAUGACUCUAAAGGUGUGGAGCUCCACUGUGUCAAGAAGUUCAAUGAUGUCUUGAGAAUGCAGUUUCUGCCGUAUCACUUCCUGCUCGCUACAGCGAGUUCUACAGGGUUCUUGCAAUAUCUGGAUGUGUCGGUGGGUAAAGAGAUCGCUGCCAUCUGCACAAAAAUGGGACGGCUGGAUGUGAUGUCACAGAAUCCCCAUAAUGCAAUAAUUCACUUGGGUCACCCAAAUGGAACAGUCAGUCUCUGGUCGCCCAAUCAGAAAGAGCCACUCGUGAAGAUGUUGUGUCAUCGGGGUGCUGUUCGCUCCUUAACGGUGGAUAAAACCGGCACGUACAUGGUGACAUCAGGUCUGGACAGGAAGUUGAAAGUGUAUGACAUGAGAGCGUUUAAACCUCUUCACUCGUACUUCCUUCCUGCGGGAGCUUCUUGCCUCUCUCUUAGUCAGAGAGGACUUCUUAGUGCUGCUACUGGAGAUAUUGUACAGGUUUAUCAGAAUGUUUGGGGAGGCAGUCCUGUAUCCAAACCCUACAUGGCUCACCGUCUGCGCAGGCAGGUUUGGGGUGUGGCUUUCUGCCCCUUCGAGGAUGUGCUGGGAAUUGGACAUGGAGAGGGAUUCACCAGUAUGAUUGUUCCAGGUGCGGGAGAAGCCAAUUUUGAUGCUCUGGACACAAACCCGUAUCGCAGCGCUAAACAGAGACAGGAGUGGGAGGUCAAGGCUCUGCUGGAGAAGGUGCAGCCGGAGCUGAUCGGUCUGGACUCAGGACAGCUGAGUAAAGUGGAUCAGGCCAGCUUUGAGCAGAGACACAAGGAAAAAGUCAUAUCAUUGGGCUUUGAUCCAUUAGCAACAGAGAAAUUUAAGCCAAGGUCAAAGAAGAGGGGCAGAAGUUCAGCUGGUGCCAUAGAGAAGAGAAAGAAGAAAGUGGCCCAUGAGGAUCAGAGGGAUGUAAUUCGACAGACAGUAGAAGAGCAAAUGGAGAGAGAGAAGCAGCUGAAGGAGAAGUCCAGCAAGAGCCUAGGUUUGAGCAAGGAAUCAACACUUGACCGUUUCAGGAAGUAGGGCAAAAAUCACGGACUGUUCAAAAAUACCACUGCUGUGAACUUUCAAAAGAGGAGAACAUGCUCAGUUUGAAGAUGCCGAUGUAUAAUGGAAUUUUUAUAACAAAUUUCUUUUGUUGUUCCAUGACUGUGUACACUCACAAAGCUUUGCAUGUUUAAUAAAAUAUGGAUAAAAUCUAUAAGAAAU